AUGCCAGUGGACACCCUUGGCAUGUGCUUCAUGGGCCUUGAGGUGCCUACGGGUGCUGAGUCCAUCAAACCGAGAUACCUGCUUCCUGUUGCACCGUCAUCCCCAGGGGACCCGCUCCUUCCCCAGCUUCAGGGCCCCUUCUCUCUCAGCAGCUGCCAGGCCUCGGUGUUUAUCCCCAUGGGUUCUUUGGAGCUGCACCUUACAAAAGCCACAGCCUUCCCCCCCGACCACCCACCUGCUCCCCUGACUCCACAGGGUGGACUGUGGGUGAUCAGUGUAUGCCGGGUGUCAGGGAGUGGGCUGACCAACUGCUUAACUUUGACGAGGAGAUGA